CAUUUUUGUGUUAUACAAAAUCAGAAGUACAUUUAGUAUUUGUGUGGUGAUGCGCACAAAAAGGAUAAUCUCACUUGUCCCAAUGUUUUGAUCUGGUCAGCCAAAAUAGGAAUUUAUACGGAAGUACAUCCAACAGAUUUAUGAAGAACUGUCUAAUUGAGCAAACAUAUUACUUUUUGCUCUUGAUUGUUAUUGAACUUGACUAAUUUCUAAACUAUCGCAAAGAUGACUGAUUUACCCCCGCCACCACAACCAAAACCAGCCAAUAUGCCGCCUAUGACAGACGCAGAUAAAGUUAGACUAGGGAUUGCGGGAGGAUACAGUAACGGACACGCUGCAUCACCACCGCCAAUGAUAGUAGGUGCUCCCAUGGGUUACCCUCCAAUGGUGGGUGGUAUGGGUCCUAAUUUAGUCUUCAAUUUCUACCAACCUUAUGGAAUGAUGCCAAUGAUGCCACCACCACCGGAAGCAGGUGAAGAAGAAGAAAAACCGAAAGAAGAGAAAUGCAAAGUAAUUACUGUACAAGCUAAUCCGACUUGGCGAGACCCACGAAUGCCUGUCAAAAAGGGACAACCACUGAAGAGUGAUCCAUGUGUUAUUAUGUAACUUAUUUGAAGCACAUGUCAACAACUAACUUUAAUUUGCCUAACUUUGAGAUUAAUGAAUACCCCCGAGAAUAUUAUAUUCGAACCCUAUUUAUUUUAUUCAAAAUCAUUAAAUA